AUGAUCGUAUCAGACAACGGUACGCAGUUUACAGCGAAGGAGUUCCAGGAAUUUUGCGACCAGCAGGGAUUCGAGCACGUUCCAUCUUCGCCGUUCCACAGUCAAACGUGCUAUCGACGAACACCAUGCGCGUCAACGCCACGACGUCCUUCUCCAGCAGAGGUGUUCCUAGUGAGGACGUCGUUGACGCUGCAGAAGGAAUCAGCUAAAGAAGAAGGAACGUGCAAUGUGGAAAUGGAAGAACAGUUCAAUCGUCAUCAUGAAGCACGGAAGAGAUCGUACCACAAAGAAAAACUCGUGUGGGUGCGUGGCUAUAGCCCGGGACAUGAGAAAUGGAUUCCUGCUCGUGUGAAGAAUCGCCAUGAACGAGCCGUGUACGACGAAAGACGAUUUGUGGAGAAGAAAUGCGAACCAGAUGCAUGGAGAAAAGCAGCCGAGAGUUAG